AUGUCUUGCUCUCCCGUCUCCGCCCACGGAAAGUCUCCUGCUGCAGGAGUGGGAGUCUGGGUGGGUGCCAGCAGAAAGUCUCCUGCUGUAGUGGGUGUGGCCCGAGAGUCUCCUGCUGCCGUAUUGGGAGGCUCGGUGGGCGGCCCCAGCAGAGUCUUGCCGGCUCAGACCCGGGCCCAGAAGAUCCGCGCGGUGCUCGAUGAGUACGAGAUCACCUCCCCCGCCCUCAUCCAGAGACUCAUACCGCUGCCUGUCGGCCGAGAGGAGAAGCGAAGCUUCGUGCGGCUCCUCCGCCUCCAUGGCGUCUCGUACGCCGAUAUCAAGAACCUCGGGGAGCUCAGCACCUCCCUCAGCACCCUCCGCGGCUGGGACCGCAUGAAGAAGCCCCCCUCCGAUCGCCCUCGCAUCCCGCGCUGGAACGUUAAUGACGUCAAGGUUAUGAAACGGGCCGUGGACGCGGUGGUCGGGACGAUGGAAUUGGGGUCCCCCGGCUUCUGGCGUUGUGUCGAGGAGGUGAUGGCCAGGACCGGGGCCUCCCAUCGCUUCUCUGCCCAGGCCAUCGCGGCCAAGUACGACAACAGAAGUCGGGGCGACAUCGCUCGCCAGAAGGCCAACACCAUGGCCCAGUAA